CGCGAUGGCCGCAAGGAGAAGACGCGGUGACAGCUCGUGACGUCGUAAAGGAGAAGCGCGAAAGCGGGCUCGAGGGGUUUCUUUUUGGAAUAUCAUCCUAUUACUUAACACAGGAUGACCCGUGAGCAACGGAAGCUGCCACCGUGGAUGUCUGCCAAAGACAGAGGAAGCACAAGUGAUGGUACAAAGAAGGCAUUCUUUAAGAAGAAUAUCUUGGAAGAUGACCUCCCGUUCUUUGAGUUUAAUGGUGCAGUAGUCUACAGCUAUGAAUCAAAUGACUGCUCCCUGUUGUCAGAGCUUAUCAGAUCUGAGCUGUCCGAACGGGCUGUGCUUGGUUUUGACAUUGAAUGGCCUGCUACAUACACGAAGGGAAAAAAUGGUAAAGUGGCACUUGUUCAGGUGUGCGUGUCAGAAAGAAAAUGCUACUUGUUUCAUGUUUCCGCAAUGGCAGGUUUCCCAAAGGGGCUGAAAAGACUGCUGGAAGAUACAUCAAUAAGUAAAGUUGGAGUAGGAAUCGAAGGCGAUCAGUGGAAGUUAAUGAGUGAUUGUGACCUAAAACUGAAGGGAUUCAUUGAACUUACAGACUUGGCCAAUGAAAAGCUUAAAUGCAAAGAAAAGUGGAGUCUCAAUGGCUUGGUGAAGCACCUGUUCAAAAAGCAACUACUGAAGGACAAUUCUGUACGCUGCAGCAGAUGGGAUGCGUAUCCUCUCACUGAGGAGCAGAGACUAUAUGCUGCCUCUGAUGCUUAUGCUGGACUUCAAAUAUACGAGAAAUUAGAAAUGAUGGAUGACCAAGAGAAGGCAGCUCUUUGUAUAUUCAAAGGGACAAAUGUUGAGCCCAUGGAAGUUAAAGAGCAGCUGAGAAGUCUGUCGCAGCAAUUUCUUGAUCUGGUAGACAAGGUCCCAAGCAGUUUUGGAAACUGUAAAGAUGCUCAAAGAGCUACGGAUAUUCUGGGUGAUCUUUCGGAGAGAGUCGAUGAAUUAAGGAACAUAUUGCUGGAUUCCUCCAGAGAAGAAAACGGUCCAUUAGAAGACUGCAUCCAAAAGGAAGAGGCUGUUGUGGAACGUGCCGAGACCGUAAGUGGUCCUGAUAAAGUGCCACCUGCAAAUUUGGAGGAGAGCAUGAGACCUAAAUCCCGUGUAGAACAAGAUUUCUUCAAUACUUUGGGCAUCAGUGAAGAAGAACUUUCCAUGAUGGAACAAGAAAUCAAAGAGGAGCAAAAAUAUAAGAAUGAUAAGUCAGAAGAGGAGUUUAUUGAAACUGAUGAAGAAAUUGACCCAUCCUUUGUAAUUGAUAGUGACCAAGAUCUGGAAAAUGAGAUGCUUGAGACCUUAGAUAUGCUGGACAAGAGUGAGGAAAUAAUGGAGGAUGAUAUAAAGUAUCUGCAGGAAGAUCAGACAUUUGACAAAGAAGUGAUCAACGCUUUAGAUGACGACGACGAUGAAGGCAUUGAAGAGGAGGAUGAAGAUGAUUGGGAUCCGUCUGUGCCUGAACCAACUCUGGACCAAAUUUCGUGCUUAAAGACCUAUUUUGGCCAUUCACGUUUUAAGCCAGUUCAAUGGAAAGUCAUUCAUUCCGUUUUAAAAGAAAGAAGAGACAACCUAGUAGUCAUGGCAACUGGCUAUGGAAAAAGUUUGUGUUACCAGUUUGCCCCUGUUUAUACUUGUGGCAUUGGCAUUGUGAUUUGUCCCCUUAUUUCUCUGAUGGAAGACCAAGUGUUGCAGCUUGAGAUGUCAAACAUUCCUUCUUGUUUUGUUGGGUCUGCACAGUCAAAAAAUGUUAUGCAUGACAUCAAGGCAGGCAAGUUUAAAGUCAUUUAUAUGACUCCCGAGUUCUGCUCCAGUGGAUUAUCCCUUCUUGAGGAUCUGAACGACAAAUAUGGUAUCACAUUGAUCGCAAUAGAUGAAGCGCACUGCAUUUCUGAAUGGGGCCAUGAUUUCAGAAGUGCAUAUCGAAAUUUGGGAUCUCUUAAAAGAACACUGCCAUCGGUGCCCAUUGUAGCUUUGACAGCAACGGCAAGCCCCUCAAUCCGUGAUGACAUAAUGAGGUCCCUCAAUUUGCGCAAUCCACAGAUCACCUGCACUAGUUUUGAUCGGCCAAACCUAUACCUUGAUGUAGGACGUAAAACCUCUAAUAUCAGCAAGGAUCUGCAACAAUUUCUUGUUAAAAAGAAAGGGUCUGGCUGGGAGUUUGAAGGAGCUACAAUUGUUUACUGCCCUUCCCGGAAGACAUCUGAGCAAGUUACAGCAGAGCUGCUUAAACUGGGCAUUAAAUGUGGCACUUACCAUGCUGGCAUGGGGAUCAAAGCAAGGAGGGAAAUACAUCAUCGGUUCAUGAGGGAUGAACUCCAGUGUGUUGUGGCUACAGUUGCUUUUGGCAUGGGCAUAAACAAGGCAGACAUUCGCAAAGUGAUCCACUAUGGGGCCCCUAAAGAAAUGGAGUCAUACUACCAGGAAAUUGGUCGAGCUGGGAGAGAUGGGCUUCCUAGUUGCUGUCAUGCACUGUGGGCUUCAUCAGAUAUGAAUUUUAACAGACACAUGUUGAAUGAGAUACAAAACCAGCAUUUCCGGCAGUACAAAUUGAAAAUGUUGGGGAAGAUGGAAACAUACCUAAAUUCAAACCGCUGCAGGCGCAAAAUCAUCUUGUCUCAUUUUGAAGACAAACAACUCCGCAAGGCCACCUCAGGCAUCAUGGGAACAGAAAAAUGCUGUGAUAACUGCAAGACCAGGUUAAAAUGUAAUCUUUCACUCAAUGAAACAGAGGACAACCUACAAGACUUCGGACCGCUGGCUUACAAGUUGAUAUCAGCAGUAGAUGCUUUGGGUGGGAAAUUUGGAACUGGUGUACCAGUCCUGUUUCUCCGUGGAUCGAACUCCCAGCGUUUGCCAGAUAGAUAUCGCUGUAAUCCUCUUUAUGGAAAGGGCAAAGACCAAACCGAGGUGUUCUGGAAGGCUUUGGCAAGACAGCUUAUCAACGAGGGAUUCCUUCAAGAAUCUUGUGGACAUAAUAAGUUUGCAACCUCGUGUGACCUUACUGUGAAGGGCAGAAACUGGGUUAGCAAAGCUGCAAAUCAAUCCUUUCCAAGCUUGCUCCUACAGCCAAGUGAAGAAUUGUGUCCUCCACGACUCACUGUUUCCAGCAAUCUUCCAUCACGUUCACCUUCAGUAAGGCAGCCUUCACAAGAUGCAAGGUCCGAUAAACCUGCAGCAGAUCUCCAGAAAACAUUGAAGGGUAAAUAUUCCUAUCAAGAAGCAGACAAACUUCCCAGAACUCCUGAAGUCUCCAAGAGCAGUUUGAGGUUGCAGUCUCCAGUCACACCCUCGAAGCCUGAAGAACCUCCUGUUUCACCCCGAGAAUUGGAGCUGCAGACUUCCUUAUACGGCAAGCUGGUCUCAGCCAGGCAGAAGCUUGCCAGUGAGAAGGACAUACCACCUGCUGUCUUGGCUACUAACAAAGUUCUUGUGGACAUGGCUAAAAUGAGACCAACAACAGUUGAAAACAUGAAAAAGCUUGAUGGCGUGUCGGAGGCAAAGGCUUCCAUGUUGGCUCCCCUUGUUGCAGUUGUCAAAGAGUUUUGCCUAGCAAAUAGUUUGCAGACAGAUGCAUUUGCCAGUUCCAAGACUAAUUUAGAGGCGAAUGUUGUAAUACAGAAAGGUCCUGUGCCUAUGUUGCUACCAGAGUCUCAGCGUAUAACUUAUUCACUUUACCAGGAACAACAUUUAUCUAUGCGGACUAUCGCAGACUCCCGCAGUUUGAGCAUGGCCGCUGUUGGCAUGCAUCUGUGCCAGGCCCUGAAAGCUGGCUACCCUGUCAAUGUGCAACGAGCUGGCCUGACUCCCACUAUAAAGAAGACCAUUAUGGAUAUUAUUAAAAAACCUCCAAUUAACUCAGAUCUGUCUAGUUUUAAAGCUAUUCACGAUCUGGUCCCACCCCACAUUGACAUCUACCUAAUCAGGAUGGUGAUAGCACUUUUAGGAAAGGAGGGCUGUAAUGAGAAGAUUGUCUCCAACACAACUAUUCCACAUCCUCCAUCACAGCAAGGCGCACCAUCUGAGAACACACAGCAUAGAACAUCCCUGCCCAGCCCUGCGUGGAUAGAAAAGAAGAAGCCAGCAGAAGCAAGCAAACCUAGUAUACAAGAGACAGAACCCGUAAGAAAAGAGGCACCUAAAGCACAGAAUCUGGCUCCCAUCAAGUUGGCAUCGUGGAAUCAACCCUUACUGGAUGCAGAUACAGAGGAGCUAUUCUCAGAAUCACAGAUAGAGAAUAGUGGAAUAACUCCUAAGAGGAAACUCCCUGAAUGGUUUGAAGCACAUAAAGGAAAUGCUGCACAGUCUAAUGCGACCAAGAAAGUAAAAAUGGUGAAAAAAAAGGGUCUCUUUGGAUGAAGAGGUUUAAUUAGAAUAAUACUUUGUUAUAUAUGCACAUUUAUGUUAAAUGUUGCAAAACAAGUAAAAAUGUUUCAGGAUUACUUAUUGUGUGUAUCAUACACACUGUAAUAUACUGUAAAGGUUACAGUUAAGUAUUUGGUUUCUAGCUUUUGGCAUAUGGUGAACCGAUUCAAAAUGGGCUGUUUUUAACAGUGAGAAAUUCUGCUGAAAGAUGGUAUUUUUUUGUACAGCAAUAUUCUAAUUCUGGUGGAAUUAUAAUUUUUUUGUUCUUUGAGUUUGUUUUUUUAUUUUUAAUGUUUUCUGUUUCACUUUCUUUCUUCCUUUCAGUACUACCUAGGGCCGAAUGUUAAUCAGAUUUCAGUGCUUACACCUUCCUCCUUUCUCCUCUUGACUGUUGGACAAUUUCAGCCACCAGUCAAGCUAUACAGGAGGCAAAGAUAAUACCAUUCUGAUACUGCAAGAAGAAACAUAUCUAUGUGUACACAACAAAAACUUGAUUGCAGGCUGAAUUUAAAUAAAUAAAAAAAAC